GGCGCCUAAUCCACUCCUAACUCGCUCUCUGUCCGCCACCACCUCGUCCGACUGCCAACACCGCUUCCUCCGUUUCUCGCCAACUCUGGUUGAUCCUCUAUCGCGCACACCGUUCUAAUGCUUGUUCCCGUUCUCCCUCGAACUGCUCAGCUGUCUGGAGUACACCGAAGGCCCGGGGCACUUUGACCGCCAGUAGGUACCCCUAUUUGCCCAAGCGACAGCAGACAAUGUCUCUCACGGCCAGUACCAAGUACCAGAGCGCCCCACCCGCUCUCCAGAUAGCGCCGCACCAGCUGCCUUCCCCUCGUCCCUCCCAGCCACCCCCGCAUCCCCCUCAUCAUCAUCGACGUAGCGGCCAAUCCGUACACUCUCAUUUUCUCGCCCGUGUGAUGACCCCGGUAGUUGUCCCUAUUUCGAAACAGGUCGUUCAUCGCCACACUUGACACAAAGCCCGGACCUCCGGCGUCCGACUGCCCCUCGUCACUGGACUAGCAGCGACCGGGCAGACAUGAGCGAGGACGCGCUUGCGGUCCUCUUGGACCGGAAGGACGUCGAGUUCGAGAGGGACGCUGGACUUUGACUUGCACCGCUUCUUGCGCUCCGUCACGUUCGUGGUGCACAGGCGUGCCCGUGAUGGGGGCGCACUGUCGCCAUCCUGCGAAAGCGGGGACAGGGGAGAGCGCGGGAUGCUAGGAACAUGCCUCGAGGCCUGCAGCGAGGCGAGGAAACCGUGGUUAUAUGGGGCCAGCAGGAACGUAGGUGGAUCUCUCGCAGCCUAUGCCGCGCCGGCAUCCAAGGUGGACAUCUCUGCCUGUCGACGGGAGGUGUAUAAGUCAGUGUUGUCUGCUUUGGCUUCGACUGCCACAUGUGCGGCCGCGUGGGCGGUCAAUGGGCUCGCCUUGAGCAAACAGCUGCAAAUCUUGCCGGGAGAAUGUGAUGAAAUAUGAGCCUGUUCCCAGAGCCAACAAUGGGUCUGAAAGGUGAUGUGACACUUGAUCUCCCGCACCGCGUCGUGCGCCCAACGUCCCGGUGCCAUCCUCGUUGUCUGACUUUGGAAGCUCGAUUGCGAGCCGCCACCAAUCAUCGCUGUUGAAGCCUGAGAAGAACAAAGUCCUCCUGGGGUGUGCUGCCCUAUGCCUGUCGAAUGCCCGAGGACGUCUAUUGGUGAGUGCACCAUCGUCCAAUGCCGCCCGUGUGCACGAAUCUGUGAAUAUCUGCCAUACUGAACCAUGUACAACACUGUGAGGCUUACCAGCGAAGCAGACAG